CCGGCCGAGGCGGUGCCCGGAGCAGAGUCCGGCUGCGUCGUGCGGGCGAUACGCGUCUCCUUCUCCUCUGCAUCUGCGCCAGGCGCGCUCUCUCCCGCCCCGCCGCCGGCCCCUGGUGCUCCCGGCAGCCUGAGCCCCCAGUAUGUGGUCCAGCCUGAAUGAGUGGCUAUGGCAGGAGAGGUUCUGGCUACCACCCAACAACUCAUGGGCUGUACUGGAGGACCGCGAUGGCCUGGUCUACGCCCACCCCCGGGACAUGCUGAUGGCCCUGCCCCUGGCUCUGGCCCUGGUGGCUGUGCGCUUCACCUUCGAGAGAUUCAUAGGCCUGCCCCUGAGCCGGUGGCUGGGUGUGCGGAACCAGACCAGGAGGCCGGUGAAGCCCAAUGCCACGCUGGAGAAACACUUCCUUAUGGAAGGGCAGAGACCCACAGAGCCCCAGAUGAGCCUCCUGGCGACCCAGUGUGGGCUCACCCUGCGACAGACCCAACACUGGUUCCGGAGACGCCGGAACCAGGACCGGCCCUGCCUGACCAAGAAGUUCUGUGAGGCCAGCUGGAGGUUCGCCUUCUAUCUGUGCUCCUUCAUCGGUGGAAUCUCGGUUCUUUACCACGAAUCGUGGCUGUGGACGCCGGUAAUGUGCUGGGACAGUUACCCACAGCAGCCCCUGAAGCCGGCCCUGUACCACUGGUAUCUCCUGGAGCUGAGUUUCUACAUCUCUCUGCUGAUCACGCUGCCCUUCGACACCAAGCGCAAGGAUUUCAAGGAGCAGGUGGCACAUCACUUUGUGACCAUCACCCUGAUCGUCUUCUCCUACAGCACGAAUCUGCUGCGCAUCGGCUCUCUGGUGCUGCUAUUGCACGACUCCUCCGACUACCUGCUGGAGGCCUGUAAGUUGUUCAACUACACGCACUGGCGGCGCGUGUGCGAUGCUCUCUUCAUCAUCUUCUCGUUGGUCUUCUUCUACACUCGCCUCGUGCUCUUCCCCACCCAGAUCCUCUAUACCACAUACUACGAGUCCAUUGCCAACUCGGGCCCCUUCUUCGGCUACUACUUUUUCAACGUGCUUCUGAUGACGCUACAGCUGCUGCACGUGUUCUGGUCUUGCCUUAUCCUUCGCAUGAUCUACAGCUUCAUAAAGAAAGGCCAGAUGGAGAAGGAUGUUCGCAGCGACGUGGAAGAGUCAGACUCCAGCGAUGGGGAGGCAGCCCAGGAGUACCCGCAGCUGAAGAACAGGGCGGCUCACCGGCCCGGAGCAGCCCCCACUGAUGGCCCUCGGAGCCGGGCAGCCAGGCGGAUGGCCAACGGGCACACACCAGCCACGUAGCCGGCCGAGGACUGACCACAAGGGGCUGCCCCAGCACCCGGCAGCUCGGAUUCGUGGGGCGGCUGGACUGGGGACCCUUGGGCCGAUUCUGUGGAGACAGGGAGGGCCCCACCCCAGGGGCAGAUGAUCUGUCUCCAGCCCCUUCCUUCUGCCCACCCUCCCUCCUUCCCUCAGGCAAAUGGACAGAGCUGCGGGCCGGGGGAGAGAGGGAUACAGGCAGCCCGGCAACUGUGAAGAGCCCCAGGCUGAAAGGGGGUCCAAUAAAACUUGACCGGAGCCAA